GAUAGCUUUACACGGCUUCUGCAUAUUGAACGGAAAAAAAACCACCCAUGAAAUCCAUAUUAAUCUGCUCUGUGGCCUUAGGAAAUAGCCGUAAUGGGAUACCGAUACGUUUAGGAAUAUAGACCUAACAGCAAAGCGAUCCCACUGUGGUGAAAAUGGCUCUUCGGCAUGAACUAUCCACCAGCGGACCGCCUACGCACAAAAAGACCAAUAAUCAAUAUAUGAGUUCCCAGAGUGAGUAGGUGAGAGCCCAGCGCCGCAGAAUUAAUUAUAUAUACUAAUCUUGUGACACAAUUAUCUACGGGUGUGGAUAGCGUGACCUCAUUAGUGUAAGUCUAAAGAGAAAACCACUAAUGAUCAACAUCAAAGCCCUUUCCCUGUGACAAAAAUGAGCGUGUGGGAGGAAAACUUCGGUUCAUUGACGUAAUUUCCCGCCCAGCAGCACAGCACUCCGAGACCCUGCGGCUGCUGCGCUGGCUACCACUAACACCAUGGAGCCGUCAGUGACUCAAUACUUCGAGGAGGUGCUGGGGUCCGCCGAGGCUGAUCCCCUGGAAAGCCUCAUCCUCAGGAACUUCACGAACCUGUCCAACAACCUCUCGUGGCUCCUCAACGUCUCAGACACCAUCACCAUUAACAUCGACCUCAUCAACAAGUUCCAGCGCAACAGACGCGUGGACGACGGCGCCUACUACGCCCUCAUCGCCAUGUACAGCGUCCUCAUUGUGCUGGGCUCGACCGGGAACUCCAUGGUGGUGGCGGCGGUCAUUCGGCAGCCAGCCAUGAGGACAGCCCGCAACGUGUUCAUCAUCAACCUGGCCAUCUCGGACCUCCUGCUCUGCCUGGUGACGAUGCCGCUGACCCUGGUGGAGCUGCUCUCCCAGUACUGGCCCCUCGGCGACCAGCCCUUCCUCUGCAAGCUGGUGGGCACGUUGCAGGCCACCUCCAUCUUCGUGUCUACAAUAUCCAUCACGGCCAUCGCACUAGACCGCUACCAGGUUAUUGUGUACCCAACGAAGCAGUCGCUGAAGACGGUGGGCGCGGUGCUGCUCCUUCUGCUGAUCUGGGUCGUGGCCUUCAUCCUGGCGCUGCCUAACUUCAUCUGGCGGACGCUGCGGCACCACGUCAUCAACCUGCCGGGCCUCUACUCCGUCAACUUCUGCUUCGAGGAGUGGCCGACGAAGCACGGCGGCGGCUACUACAGCGCCUUCGUCAUGCUGGUGCAGUACUGCCUCCCGAUCGUGACUGUGAGCGUCGCGUACGCCAUGAUCUGCAGGAAGUUGAGGUUCCGCAUCACCAAGAGCACAGUUCGGUCGGCCAAGCGCAGCGAGCGGGAGGACAAACGCAUGAAGAAGACUAACACGCUUCUCAUCGCCAUCGCCCUCGUCUUCUGCCUCUCGUGGCUGCCGCUAAACCUCUACAACCUCAUCCUCGACUUCAAUAACCCGUUCGGGGAUGACCUGGAGACGAUGCUGGUCGUGUACGCCGUCUGCCACAUGAUGGGAAUGUCCUCGGCGUGCUCCAACCCCCUCAUGUACGGCUGGCUCAACGACAACUUCAAGAAGGAGUUCCUGGAGAUCAUAGGCAUCGUGCUACCGUGUAAGGGGAAGUGCACCCCGCGGAGAAGAGAGGACGCGGCCAUGCUCUCCACGGCGCAGCAGCCAGGGGGAGAAGAGCGGCCGAUGGUCAUGUACACGAAGGCGAGUGAGACGCAGGUGAAUGGCAACCACGGCGGCUCGCAAAAGGACAUCACGUACAUAACACAAGUGGUGACCAACGCAACGCUGUAGAACGGACGCCUCGGGGACACGGAAACAUGGAGCGGUGAGUGAUUGAGGGAGCGGGCGAAGGAGGGAGGGAGAGAGGGAGGGAAGAGGAGGGAAUGAUUCUGUGAGUGAACGAAUUGGUGAGUGAGUGAAUGGGUUACUGAGCAGAUGUGUGCGCUCUCUCUCUCUCUCUCUCUCUCUCUCUCCCGUCUUCCAUUUCCGCUACCUUUAUUUGUGUGUGUGUGUGUGUGUGUGUGUGUACAUUUAUAAAUAUCCUAUUGUUAUUAUUGUUUAUCUUUAUAUAGUUUUCAAUCCCACCUAAUGUAACACGUCCACUAACAUA